AUGCAGGAAGCUAAGCUGGCCCCAUCAGGCGAUGGACAGCCAUCAAUAGUGGGCCAACAUGAUACUCCCUUGGAUCCACAUGUGGAACUCAGGGAGGCUUUAGAUAGGCAGGGGGAUCCUGUCAGGAGCCAAGACCCAAGCCCCCAACACAACCCACAAGCACAGGAGCCAAACCAAGGUGCCGCCAACGUGGAAGGACACAGCAUUCCUCUUGGGCUGUCCUUCCCAAGAAGGCUUUGGAGGAUCGUGGAGGACGACACCUUCAGGUCUGUGUGCUGGAGUGACAACGGAGACACCGUGAUCAUCGAAGAAGAUCUUUUCCAGAGGGAGGUUCUUUGCCGGAGGGGUGAGGAGAAAAUCUUUGACUCAGACAGCCUGAAGAGUUUCAUCCGCCUGCUGAACCUCUAUGGAUUCAGAAAAAUACGCCCCGGCCAUUCUUCAGUUCGCUAUCCAAGGAACAGAAUGAUGAUCUACCGGAACUCAAAGUUUCAGAGAGACAAGCCCUGGCUCAUCGAGGACAUUAAGACAAAAGGCAGCCAGAUGACUCCUGCUGGUCCAGCGACCAACGCAAGACCUCCCAAGAAAAAGAAACCUCUGGCCCCUACAAGAAGCUCCCCACGGAUUCACCAUAAGGAAGGCACCAGGGAAGCCAACCAAAAAGCCGAGAGGAAAGCCCCAAAUGCUAGGGGACCCAGUGGCACCCACUCAUUGAAGUUCUUGCGUGGACGAUCCAUGGUCACUGUCAUGGAGGUCCCGUGUCCAAGUGAGCCAGGGAGUCCAAGGGGGGAGGGUAUGUCUGAGAAUGUCAUGUUUGUGCCCACGGCUACUGCCGAAACUGAGGGUACAGGGGAUCUUCCCACCAGCCCCCCAAAUUCUCCACUACAUGGUUCGGUGAUGUCUUUGUACGACAUCUGUUACUCCGUCCUGAUGGCUGACCUUUCUGCCAUGGCACCUUCAGAUUACCCUGAAGAGGACGAGGAGGAGGAGGGUUCCUUAGAUUACAAGGGUGCACUCUGUGAGCAGUUGAAGGACAAUGCAGGUUCCUAA